AACUCAAGGCGCUUUGUUGUUCUUCGAGGUCGGAAAGGGAGGAAAUAAUUGUUAACAACUCGCGCUGAUCAAGAAGGACAAUCGAUCGACUUGUACUUUAUCUGGAAUAAAUCACCGCGCGACGUAAAUCGAGCUGGUCCGGUUGAAAGUGGUGUGUUUGAGGCGCUGAAUGCGGUAAGCUAACGUAGCUGCUCCAGAUUCCUGCCGCUGGGAAGAAAGGAAGAAAUCACGGCCAGGAUGCUUCACUCAAGUUGGGACAAACUAUGUUUAACCGCUCCGCCAGGACUUGUGGUGCUAUAGCACCGACGUCCAAUCCGUUGUGAUUGUUUUCUGCUUAUCAGGGUUGUUUGUUGGUACUUUAAUCACUGUUGAAGUGCGAGUUUAGCGAGUUAGCUCCGCAGCGUCCUGCAGGAAGACAUUUAAAAUGGCGGAAGACUGGCCCGUUCCUUCGACCCUCGUCUUCUUGCUUUUGAGUUUGUGUGCCUGGGCCGUGGAGUCUUGCCCGGCUCCCUGCUCUUGUUCGGUGGGACCAGAUGGAUUUCACGUACUGGAGUGUAGCCGAAAAAGACUGUCCACGGCUUCCAUGAAUCCUCCAGAAGGGAUAACGCGAGUUAUGAUGAACCACAACGAACUGGUUGCUUUCCCUUCCCUUGGAGACAUUUCCACUAACAUUACCUCACUUUCAUUGAUCCACAAUCGGAUUUCUGAGCUCCAUGGGCAUCAACUGCAGCCGUUUCUAUCCUUGGAGACAUUGGACCUGACCUCUAAUUCCAUCACUGAGCUGAAAGUUGGGUCCUUCCCCUCCAUGCAACUGAAAUAUCUGAAUUUGAGUAACAACAAGAUCAGCGUCCUCGAGCCUGGCUGCUUUGAGAACAUCUCCAGCACCCUGCUGGUGCUAAAGCUGAACAGGAAUAGAUUGACUGGCCUGCCAUCUAAAGUCUUCAAGCUUCCACAUCUUCAGUUCCUUGAAAUAAAGCGCAACAAGAUUAAGAUCGUGGACAGUCUAACAUUCAAAGGGAUGGAUUCGCUCAAGUCUUUGAAGAUGCAGAGAAACGGCAUCACUAAACUCAUGGAUGGAGCCUUUUUUGGCCUGAUUAACAUUGAAGAAUUAGAGCUGGAGCACAACAACCUUACUGAAGUCAACAAAGGCUGGCUGUAUGGCCUUCGCAUGCUGCGAAUCCUGCGAGUCAGUCAGAACACCAUCGGCAUCAUCCGACCAGAUGCCUGGGAAUUCUGCCAGAAGCUUGAAGAACUCGAUCUCUCCCUGAAUCAUCUGACUAGACUGGAGGAGAACGCAUUUGUUGGCUUGGGCCUGCUGGAGAGCCUCAAUUUGGGCCACAACUCUAUCAGUCAUUUAGGAGAGAAAGUGUUCAGCAGCCUUGUUUCUCUUCGUACACUAGACAUCCGGAAUAAUGUCAUCUCCUGGGCCAUCGAAGACUCUAUCGGCGUGUUUGAAGGCAUGAAGAAGCUGAGCACACUGAACCUGCAACAUAACAAAAUCAAAUCGAUUACCAAGAAAGCCUUCGAGGGCCUGGAUGAGAUGGAGCAUCUGGACCUCAGCAGAAAUGGCAUCAUGUCAAUACACCCGGAGUCUCUGACACAUUUAAAGCUCAAGGAGUUCAUCCUGAACACGAGCAGCCUGCUGUGUGACUGUCAUAUGCGGUGGUUCGGGCCGUGGCUGACCGACACUCGGUUUGAGUCUUCAGUGACGGCAGUGUGUGCUCAUCCUGCAAGUCUACUGGGCAGAAGUGUCCUGUCCGUCACUCCAGAUGAGUUUAUCUGUGAUGAUUUCCCGAAACCUCAGAUCACAACUCACCCCGGAACAUCGGUUGCCCUGCGAGGAAACAAUGUGACGCUAAGCUGCGUUGCGUCCAGCAGCAGCGAUUCACCGAUGACCACGGCGUGGAGGAAAGAUGGCGAGGUGCUUUACGAUGCAGAAGUACAAAACUAUGCCCGGUACCAACGCGGUGAACUCAUCUACACCACCGUGCUUCAUCUCCUCAACGUCAACUUCACCGACGAAGGACGGUAUCAGUGCGUGGUGUCCAAUCACUUUGGGGCCAACUACUCCAACAGAGCCACACUUACUGUCAACGAGCUGCCGUCUUUUCUCAAGACCCCCAUGGAUCUGACCCUCCGGACCGGGACCCUGGCCAGGCUGGAAUGCGCUGCUGAAGGACAUCCAUCACCUCAAAUUGCCUGGCAGAAAGAUGGAGGAACUGACUUCCCUGCUGCCCGGGAGAGACGCAUGCAUGUGAUGCCUGAUGACGACAUCUUCUUCAUUGCUGAUGUUAAGACGGAAGACAUGGGGGUCUACAGCUGCACGGCUCAAAAUGCAGCCGGCAGUUUGUCUGCAAAUGCAACACUCACUGUGCUGGAAACUCCUUACAUCAUGCGAGCUCUGGAAGACAGAACAGUUGCCCGAGGAGAAACCGCCGUGCUCCAAUGUAUCGCUGGUGGAAGUCCUGCCCCGCGCCUCAACUGGACCAAAGACGAUGGGCCACUGGUUCUCACCGAGCGCCACUUCUUUGCUGCAGCUAACCAGCUGCUAAUAAUUGUUGACGCUGGUCCCACCGACGCCGGAAAGUAUACCUGCAUCAUAUCCAACACACUGGGUACCGAACGUGGCCACAUCUACCUAAGUGUCUCACCCUCACCCAACUGUGAUACCGGCGUCGGGUAUGUCCAGUAUGGCCAGGACGGCUGGACCACCGUGGGCAUUGUGGUCAUAGUGGUGGUUUGCUGUGUGGUGGGAACCUCGCUGGUCUGGGUGAUAGUCAUCUACCACAUGCGCAGGAAGAGCGAGGACUACAGCAUCACCAGCACAGAUGAAAUGAAUCUAUCACCGGACAUCCCAAGCUACUUGUCCUCUCAGGGAACUUUGUCAGAACCUCAGGAGGGCUACAGUAACUCUGAGGCUGGCAGCCACCAACAGCUAAUGCCUCCUCUGUCCAAUGGUUACGUCCAUAAAGGUGCCGAUGGGGUGUGUUACGGAGAUGGAGGCAGCGAGGUAGACCCUGAUGGCAACAUGAUGCACUGCAGGUCUCUCUUUACUGGCAGGAGCAGUUUCCACCCCGGAGAGCCCUGCGAGGGUUUAGCGUCCGCCCCAACAAGCGGAGCUGGCCAACUGGUCAUCUGCUCUGAUUGCUACGACAAUGCCAACAUCUACUCACGCACCAGGGAAUACUGUCCCUAUGACUUCUAUGGGGAGGACGACUCGCUGGAUAAGACGCUGCCGGGCCUGAAAGAGAACUUCAGUGCUCCGCACGAGGACGCACCUCUGGAGAGUUUCAUCAGCAACCGAGAUCCGGCUUCAGCUUUUCUUAGCUCACAUGACAAAAGAGCGAGCAGCCACGCUCCUCCAGAGCCCGGUGCUAAUGAUUCCCUCUGCAGGUCUUUCUGGAGGGAUGGGGAGGGUUCCUCGCCCCGGACCGGGUCCUCGCAGCAUCUGGCGACCAGGUUCAAGACACCAUCUGUGACUGUAGAGGAGCAGAGCGAAACAGAGAGCAAACAAUUGCACACAAGUGCCUCUAGCAGGACUAAGUCUCAGGACCACCCUGCUCCCACAUGAGCACUCCUCGUAAAGCACCCCCUCCUCCUACCUCCUCACAAUCUGCCAAAGAUGCUCUCUCGUAUGUUUACAUUCGCCAUCACUCACGAGGACAUGCUGUUUUCUCUGGGCUGGACAGAAGCUUAAGUCGAUGCCUCACCUGUUCUCCGUUUGCUUCUCGUUCUCCUGCCAGAGAAAGCUAUGAAUGUAUGCCUUACAGAGCCAUGACUGAAAAGAUGGGCUACCCGUCUCCCGCCGCUGCUUUGUGGAUGACUCCGUGUGUCGUCCUUGAGGUGGACACCCUCCCAACCCACCUGUUGUUGGACACUUCUGGGAGCCUGUAAACACAUUGGUGUUUAAAGUGGGAAACGGUUUCCUGACCAGCAGUUUGUGGGUGUCAAAAAAAACAGAACUUUGAAAAGCCCCCACUCUGACCUCUGAAACUACGUUUUCCUCAUAUUGUUAUGCAGAAACUGACGCCAAAAUGUGGUGUAUAUAAUUCCAUAAGAAUAUAUCCUCUGUCGUCAUAAUCUUGUUUUGGUCCCAACGCAGUCCUUGUCAUGUCUUGAGGUGCAGUUUGGGGAGAAGCAACAUUUAUUUUGCACACGUGACAAUCAUGAUUUUGCUGGAUGUGAUUGGUUGUCUGUCCGAUGGCCUUCUGAACAUGUGCAGGCUGCGUCCACACGGCAGUGAAGCCAUUUGUUGAGCUACAAAAAGCGGUGAAAUUAUUAUUACUCAUUAUUUCGUCACUUAAUGUUCUAAAGCCUCAGACUUCAGUUGAGGAAUAAAAUGAUGCUCUUUCGUGUAAUGAAAGUGGGUAGUUGCAGUUUUCGCUGUAAACUCAUUGUCCCCGAAGCAUUAAUUCAGUCUUUACGGACUGAAGUCUGUCCCAGCUAUCUAGGACCGGAGACCAUUUUUUGAUUGGGAGGGGAAGAACAAACCAUGGUAGUGUGGACGCAGCCUUCACCUUUACACGCAGUAUGCACUGAACUGUUUCUCCCACCUUCAUUCCGGCACUUAAUUUAAUGUCAACAUUUUUAUGCAGUGACCACUGUAUGUUUACUAAGCUUCAUCAUCAUCAUCAUCAUCAUCAUCACAGUUAUGUUUGUCCCCUCUGUAAAUGUGGAUACUAGCUGGGACUGUGAAGAAAAAGUGUUUUAUUUUAUACGUGUACGUUGGUGUAAAUAAGUAUUCAGAUGUCCAACUUAGUGACACGGAUGCUGCAGUGGCUCCUCGGCGAAGUCAUCCCAGAAGUGAUUUUACAAAUUCAAUAGAUAAUUCAAUAAAUAAUUACGAUGCAAUUAACUCAUUAUCAAUUGAAAAGACUGAGCUGUCGUAGGAAAAGGAAUUCAGUGAGGUUCAAUCUCAAAGGCAGCGCUUUGUGUGAAUCUGUCUGCCAUUCCUUCAGACUCUGGGUAGAGCUGCUCGAUAGGCUUGCGCUAGUUUAGCUAGUUCUGUAUUUGAGAUGGAUCUCAAAAGUGAGAUUUGCCCUUCGGAACGUACCGGUACUGUCUGCAGUUCUAUGUCGUGUUCGCCGCCUGUGGUACGUUAUGUGUUUCUUACAGUAAAUCAUUGAUGCUGAGAAGAUCAUUGUUUAUUUUUUUAUUUUUGUGUCAAGUGCUGACACAUGCGCCGCCUUAAAGCUAGACAUUCACUCAGAAUCACAAUCGACAUUCCGUCUUCUCUCCAGUUCCUUUAACCCCGGAGACAGUCGUCAUGUGUUUCCCGCCAAAACGACAUUAUUGUUCAAAUCUGCGACGGAUGAUACCAAAGUUCAACAGUGAAGCGCUCUGGUCAAUAUCUGAUGCUGCUUUUCUGUUUUGUUGUUUGACAUGUCAAUUGUGUAACAGCAUGUGAGCCUUUUGUUACCUGGUACUCCAUAUUAAACAAAAAAUGGUACUUGUGUGUC